UCAUGACCAUGGAAAAUAGAUCCCACCCCCGCAAGAGCAAUCAGCCACAACCGUGACUCUCAAUUCAAACCCCUCUUCAAUCACCCAAGCCAUCGCCGAAGCCACUCGUCGACUUCCACCUUGAGUUGGACGCCGGCUGCCAUGUUUACCAUCGACUCAAUCAUGGUGACGUCAGACGAUGUACCAGACAGUGAGUUACUUCUUAUUGUAAAUGAUAAAAUACGAGAAAGCUUCAAGUUCUCUACACGUUCUGUUUUGCUUCACUAUCUUCUCUCGAGUCCACUUUCUUCUGACACCACAACUUGUUCAAUAAAUCCACCACAAUGUCCCACGCACACCACCACAACCCCCAAGAAGAAAAACCCCCCGGCGACCCCCUCAGCACCAAGAGCCGCGUCCUCGAGACCGGCGCCGCCAUCGUGCAGGACUUCGCCCCGGUCAAGAACAUCUGCGCGCAUCUGAAUGCUUUUCAUGUUUAUGCCUCGGAUAAGACGCGGUGUGUCGAGGCGAACCACUAUUGCUCGCAUAUCACGGAGGACAUCCGACAAUGCCUCCUCUACGACAGCCCAUCCUCCACCGCCCGCCUUUUGGGAGUGGAAUACAUGAUCACCCCCAAACUCUACAACACGCUCCCGCCCUCCGAGCGCCGGCUGUGGCACACGCACGAGUUCGAAGUCAAGAGCGGCAUGCUGGUGAUGCCGGCGCCGGCCGGGGUGCCGUCCGCCGCCUGGGAGGCCGCCGAGACCAGCGAGAUGCAGGAUAUCAUUCCGCUGUACGGCAAGACGUACCACUUCUGGCAGGUGGACCGCGGGGAUCCGGUGCCGAUGGGCGCGCCGGAAUUGAUGGCGAGUUUCACGUCGGAGGAGCGCGUGAAGGUCGCCGUGCCGGGCGGGAUGGAGGAGCUGUGUCGGGGGAGGGAUGAGCGGUUUGGGGUGGAUUUCAAGACGAAGAGGGAAAAGAGGAAGGGGUUGGAGGGGGCGGAAUUACAUUCUGAUGCGGAUGCGAUGUGGGAGGAUGAGAAGUGAUUUAUUUACCUCCUAGGUCUCU